AUGUCCCAGGAAUGCAUAUUGUCCUCUGUUCUUAUUCCAAUCUAUGACAAGGAUCGAAAUGGUUUGUGUUUGAUCCUUCUUAGAUCAGAACUUUAUUUUUGCGAAGCACUGAUCAUUCAGAUAGUACUUUCAUAUAAUGCUCAUGUUAGUAAUCUCAUUGUCUUGCAUUAUCUCAAGAACUUUAUUGUAUGUCCACCUCACAGUUUUCAUCUACUUUCUUAG